UAUACCAAUAUCAAAACUUUAUCUCUGCUUAUGUCUGCACAAUACUGUUCAGCUUUGGAGUUCUCUUCCUAUUUAAACACAACCAUCACUCAUUUUGGCUAUCUGAAGAAUCUCUCUCUCCCUCUCUGUCUCUCUCUCUCUCACACACACACACAAACACACACAUUUGUGCUAAACAUGAUGAGAGGUUUGAGCUUAAGAAGCCUCACAUUCAUGCUUUUCAUUGCUUUUAUACUUUGUUCAUCAAAUUUUGAAACUUGCAAUGCCAGAAGAGGCAAGCAUUGGAGGCAUAGCAGAGGUAUUUCGGCUUCUUUGUUUAAGAAGAAAGGAAAGAGUCAAGGAAGUAGUAAUAACCACCAUAGUGGAGGAUCAAAACCAAAAUCUCCUGCUCACAAAGCUUCACCGCUUCCAACUCCUAAACCAAAAUCUCCUCCUCACAAAGCUUCACCGCUUCCAACUCCUAAACCAAAAUCUCCUCCUCACUCUCCUAAACCAAAAGCUCCGCCGCUUCCAACUCCUAAACCAAAAGAAGAGUUCCCAUCAAACCCGCCUGCGGGUCAUUCUACCACCUUUAACGUGCUAGAUUUUGGUGCCAAAGGUGAUGGAAGCACAGAUGACACGAAGGCAUUCCAAGCUGCAUGGGCAGCUGCGUGUAAAAUAGAGGCAUCAAUGAUAGUCGUUCCAGCAGAAUAUGAAUUCCUCGUGGGACCCAUCUCAUUCUCUGGUCCGUACUGUCAAGCAAACAUAGUGUUUCAGCUAGAUGGGACGAUCAUUGCUCCAACAAACUCCAAUGCUUGGGGCAAAGGUCUCUUACAAUGGCUUGAGUUCACAAAGCUGAGAGGAAUUACAAUUCAGGGAAAUGGUAUCAUUGAUGGAAGAGGCUCAGUCUGGUGGCAAGACGCCCCGUUUGAUGAUCCUAUAGAUGAUGAAAUAAAACUUCUUGUCCCAUUAAACAGCAGUGUUGAAGAGAAUCCACCAAUGCCGGUAAGCAGCAACCUUGGGAGGAUAAUGCCAAGCAUCAAGCCAACUGCACUGAGGUUUUAUGGGAGUUUUAAUGUGACGGUCACAGGCAUAACAAUUCAAAGUAGUCCACAGUGCCACCUCAAGUUUGACUACUGCACGGGAGUGCUGGUCCAUGAUAUAAGCGUCUCAUCUCCCGGUGACAGUCCCAACACGGAUGGAAUCCACCUACAGGGCUCAAAAGACGUUCUAAUUUACAGCUGCAAUCUCGCUUGCGGAGAUGACUGUGUUUCUAUACAAACUGGAUGCUCAAAUGUAUACAUACACAAUGUCAACUGUGGGCCAGGGCAUGGAAUCAGCAUUGGAAGUCUAGGAAAGGAUAACACCAAAGCCUGCGUCUCAAACAUUACUGUCCGAGAUGUCAUUAUGCACAACACAAUGAACGGUGUCAGGAUCAAGACAUGGCAGGGAGGAUCAGGCUCUGUGCAGGGGGUACUGUUCUCAAACAUUCAAGUUUCUGAAGUUGAAUUCCCAAUUGUGAUUGACCAAUACUAUUGUGACAAAAGCAAAUGCAGCAACCAAACAUCAGCCGUAGCUCUAUCAGGAAUCAAUUAUGAAAGGAUAAGAGGGACAUACACAGUUAAGCCCGUACACUUUGCUUGUAGCGACAGUCUACCAUGUGUGGAUGUAUCACUAACUGCCAUACAGCUAAAACCGAUGCAAGAGAAAUACCACAUGUAUGAUCCCUUCUGCUGGCAGACUUUUGGAGAGUUGAGGACUCCCACCAUGCCGCCAAUUGGUUGUUUACAGAUAGGCAAGCCAUCAAGCAACCGGAUUCAAUCCGAUCAUGAUCUCUGUUGAGCUCAAAAAGAUUUAUUAUUUCACGGUGUAGUUACUUGUGUGGUCGGCAUGAGUUCCAGACCCCUUUCGCACCAUUAGCUAUUUAGGUAAAUCAUGUAUACCAUGACAGUGCUAGUUUACACGAAUUCUUCUCUAGCAUGGUUAUAUAGAUUCAGAUUGUGAGAGAGUACACAGACAUUGCUUUUAGCUGGAGUCCCAUAAUAGUGUAUAAGUCAAGCUUCUUUGUUAUAA